AUGAGCAACCUCACUAUUUUCCACGGGCCGGUGAUACAUUCACUGGCUCCCACAGACCUCGAGAUCCUGGAGUCAGCUCUUCUCGUCGUCGACCAAAAAGGCACCAUCGUCGUCUUCGACAAGAGCGUUGAUGAGAUCCCCGAGAUCCUCCACACCCCCGCCGGUGUACCGAUCCCGUCCAAAGAGUGCCAUGUCGAGAAGCUGGACCAAGGGUCGUUCCUCAUUCCAGGCUUUGUUGACACGCACAACCACGCACCGCAGUGGGCGCAGCGUGGCCUGGGCCAGGGCAUGCAUAUCCUCGACUGGCUUGACACCGUUACCUUUCCGAAUGAGGCCAAAUUUGCGGACCCAGACUAUGCACGCCAGAUCUAUGGGCAAUGUGUCAAUGGCUUCCUGAAACAGGGCAUCACGACCGCCUCAUACUAUGCAUCUGCGCACGGCGAGGCUACACGUAUCCUGGCCACUGAAUGUCAACAAAAGGGCCAGCGAGCACUGAUUGGGAAAUGCAACAUGGACAGGAAUGCACCAGAAUACUACCGGGAUGCCAGUCCUGACGAAAGCCUGCGCGUGACGGAGGAAUGCAUCACUUACAUUCAGAAGAUCGACCCUCAGGGCAGCCUGGUCCGGCCGGUCCUCACACCACGAUUUGCCAUCACCUGUGACCCCGUUGUGCUGGAGGGUCUCGGCAAGAUAGCAAAAAGACAGCCUGAGCUUGCCAUACAGACACAUUUCAACGAGGCCGAACAGGAGAUGAAGGCGACCAAAUCUCUAUUCCCUCAGUUCAGCAACGAGGUCGAUCUUUACAGUUAUUACGGCCUCCUCGGACCCAAGUCGAUACUUGCACACUGCUGCUAUAUGAGCGAGUAUGAGCUUUCCAAAUUUGCGGAGCUGGGCUGCGGUGUGGCUCACUGUCCGAUUUCCAACAUGACCGUAGGCGGCGGGUUCAUGGCGGCACCGGUCAGGGAAUUCCUACGCCGCGGUAUCAAGACGGGGCUGGGCACAGACUCCGGCGGGGGCUUCUCAAGCAGCAUCCUCGAUGCAAUGCGCCAGGCGCUCGUCGCCAGCAACGCAAGGGAGGCCAUGUCUCACGGAACUGAGAAGGGUCUGUCUAUUGAGGAACUCUUCUACUUGGCGACCCGCGGAGGCGCAGAAGUGUGUUCGCUGGGGGACAAGGUUGGACACUUUGCGGUGGGCAUGGAAUUCGAUGCGUGUGUUAUAUCGACCCGCGUGGAUGACCAGAUCAUGACUAUGGUCCAGGCGGAGGACUCAUUAAGAACCGUGUUCAGCAAGUUCGUUAUGACAGGAGACGAUCGGAAUAUAGAGGCCGUUUGGGUGAAAGGGAGGCAGGUGAAGUAG